AUGAGCGACACCAGCGACGAAGAGCGCGGGCAACAGCCCACAGAUCACCUCAAGCGCAAUGGCUUCCCUGAGCUGACCACCGAUGAACUCAUGAGCCUGACCAUCAAGUCCGAGUCCACGCAGAAAGACCUCAUCAUGAUCAUGAACAUCUCCUACCGCGAUCUCCGCCGCAUGCUCAGACAAAUCCACACUUUCCUCCGCGACGAGAUCGGCGACAUCCAGGAAGACGGGCCGCUCGUGUGGCAAGGUGAAGUGUUGUGCCCGGAGGGUGGUCAGCCCAAGUUCUGGAUGAUGGAUAAGAACAAGCACAACAGCUGGCACUUGAGGUUCAUUCUUGCAAAGUGCACCGCUUUGUGGAAGGAGUUCCAGCAGCCACCCGUGCAUCAACUCGCCAACCUGGCAGAGCCCAACGAUGACAGCACCGGCAGGCGUCCGAUUCUCGAUACCUUCCACCGACAAGUGAUCCUCCUCAAAAUGGUCAAAAUGUGCAUAGAAGACAUGAAAAAGAACCCCAAACUCCGCGAGCCCGAAACAGCCUUCAAACGCCUCGCCGUCCCCAAAGGCCCCCAACACUUCGAAUCGUCCCCCAGAAAGAACAAACGCCGCAAACUCAUCAAAGCCCCCAAAUUCGUCAACUCGGUCCUCUGGAUCGUCGCCUACAACACCAAAGACCUUCCCCGCGGCGCCGGCCGCGAGGAGGCAUACCUCAACUUCGAAGACGCCCUCUCCGACGAAGCCCGCGACCUGCCGCUGGCGAGGAAUGCUGACUAUGAGCCGAAUAGUUUAGUGUGGGAGAAGGUCAAGAAGCAUAUCAAUGUGAGGAUGAAGUUUGGCGGGGGGAAUGGGUACUUUUUGGCGCAGAUUGGGGAUGAUCCGCCGCUUUUUUUUGGAUGGGGAUGA